AGCAAUGCAGACCAGGGACAGCAGGCAGUAGGCAGGAUACAGCCUCUUCCUGCUCAUCCUCUUCCUGUUCGCCAUUUACAGAUGCUGGCAGUGACAGGGAGAACUCCCUUCAUUAUCACCCGGGUUUCUUCUUCCCCACCAGGAGACCAAAAAAUUGCAGCUCCAGUGAAGAGGACAGUCAAUGUGAUACAAACAGUGCCGAUUCAGAAGUCACAUGCCUCAUUAGGAGCUCCACUGAAAGGAACAACAGGGAGAUCUUUAGAGGUCAUCUAAAGUCUAGCAGGGAAUUUUGCAGCUCAUGCCUCAGUACAGGCAGAAGGGGCUGCGCUCGGUCCGAGUGCCAGGAAGAGACAGAGAGGGCUGGGAGUGGUUCUGAGCAGAGCUUGACCUUCAGUCAGGGUUCUGAUGCCACGUCAGCGGUGCUAGAGCAAAAGAUCGAAGCCAAACUUAAGUUCUCCCAGUUCCUGGAUGAGGUGACCUUCAGAGUGCUGGAUCCCCAAAGCCUGAAAGCCUUCAGGGUUUUGGACAAGAAGGACUCCCAUGUUCAGUCAACAACUCCACUGUCUGUCUGCCGAUUCUCUGAGGAAACCGAAAGCAUGAGAAGGGCGCAGGAAGCUGGGAACCAGCAAGAGUCUGCUGGGAAGGCUUACCUCGAGACUGACAUAGACAGCGUAAGGAGCGAGGACACCCCUGAAGCAGCCAGUCCAAAGGGAAUCGAAAAAGAUGCUCCACAAGAGAGGGAACAAGCAGGAACAUCCUCCACAAAUGAGAUCCAGGAAGAGCCUGAAAAGAUGAGGUCCCCCAGUCCAAUCUUCAACAGACAUCAAGGCACUCAAAAAUCGCCUUUCAGGUCUACUUCUUUGCCAAGGGGCUUAAGCUUGGCCUCUGACAGCGAGAUGCAUAAAAUAAGUUCCCUGCAGGAGCAGAAGGAGGACCUGCGGAAGCGCCUAACCUACACGACCCACAAGCUGGAGCUGCUGGAGACAGAGUUCGACUCCACGCGGCAGUACCUAGAGACCGAGCUGCGGCGGGCCCAGGAGGAGCUGGAGAAACUCACGGAGAAACUCCGCAGAAUACAAAACAGCUAUGCAGCAUUGCAGAGGAUCAAUCAGGACCUGGAAGAGAAGAUCCACAGGACGACUCAGCACCAUGAUGAGGAGAAGCGAGCGCUCAGCCACGAGAUCAUUGUCCUCAACAAUCACUUGAUGGAGGCCAAGAUUACCAUUGACAAACUUCGAGAGGAUAAUGACCUUUACAGAAAGGACUGCAAUUUGGCUGCUCAGCUGCUCCAGUGUAGCAAGUCCCAUUACAGAGCCCACAAGCUGUCCGAGUUGCCCACAGAGUUUCAGGAGCGAAUCAGCCUUCACAUGGAGAAGCACGGCUGUGGAGUGUCUCUGCCACUGUGUCACUCCCCAUACUCUGACUCUGUACCCACAUCUAUCAUCGCCAAGCUGCUGGAAAAGCCAGAGCCCAACAGCAUGCCUUGCUCGCGUGCCUCUAGCCCACAGUCCCGUGAGACCAGCUUUGUGCACAACAAUAUGGGCAGCACAGAGAAGUUGAACCGCAGGACGGCCUACAAGGGGGAUCUGUACUGUAGCGACACCGCGCUGUACUGCCCUGACGAGCGCCGCAGAGAGAGGCGGCAAAGCGUGGACCUGCACAUGCAGGACCCCGGCAUGUUUCGGCAGCAGAACUCCAUGGACAGCAACACCGAAGAGGAUGGCUUCCACUCCAGCUUUUCCCACGAGCCCUUCACUGAGUUCGUCACCUCCCUGCCAGCCUCCAGCUCCUACUCCAGCUUCAGCGUUGCGUCAGAUGAGAAAGGGAAUGCCCCCAGCAGCACCCUCUCGUCCUCCCACCAGGCUAUCUACAUGGACUGGAGAGAGGAGAACUAUGAUAGAAAGAGCAACUCAUCCUACGAAAAGGACAGCCCUGGCUUCCCAAAGUCCCACAGCUUCCAGCACAUGGCGCAUGGGCACCAAAAUGGCACCUCACCUGUUUACACUAGGACUAUCCCCACAUGUUACAGUGAGCCCUACCACUCACCACGCCUGACAUCAUCACACAGCAUGGGUUCCUCUAAGCUCUAUGGGGACAGCAGAAGCACCAUCCACAUUCCAGAAGAAGACCUCACUGGCCGCUGGAGGCAACUUAGCGUGGAGGAUAUAAAUGCCUAUUCCUAUAGAAACCCAGGCAGGGUCUCACCUUACAGUUUCUCAGAGCAGCACUUUGCAAUUGGUCCUUCUAAGGCCAAGCUGGGCACCCUCUACAGCAGCUUCCAAGAAGGAGAUGAUGUGUACCGCAGCAGGAUCCUGGACCCCUGUUUCAUGACCACAAGCCCCAGCUCAGAGCACGACAUCGGGAUAUGCAGUCCAGACAAGGUGCACAUGUACAGGACCAAGGAAGACAGCCAGGAAUCUGACAGGAGCCUGUUUCACUCUGGUAGCUCAAAGGACAAAGAGAGCACACCUGGCAGCAUGAAAAAAGAGUAUGUUGACGUCAGCCCCAACAGCUCUGCAGAAUCUUUAAACCAAAGUUCACUGGAAGCAUCAGAGAUGCAGCACUAUCAAACAGAGCAUGAGAGUCUUUCUGUUCUUAGCAAAAAUCAACCACAGUACCAAAAAUUUGGGACAACGGGACUUUGCAGGAAAGACAGUCUUACAAAGGCACAGUUGUAUGGCACACUGCUCAAUUGAAAAGCUUUGUCUUUUUCAGUGGAAGAAACAGUAAAUGGUUUAGUUCACAAUGUUGCUAAUUUAUCCCAGUAAUAACUGGGAGGAACAAAUGGCUUUGAACUUUAGCACAGAAUGAUAGCAGAGUUGUAAUGCAACAGAAGGGUUCUCAGGCACAUGGUUUUGAAUGCAUAGCAGAGUUGUAAUGCAACAGAAGGGUUCUCAGGCACAUGGUUUUGAAUGCAUAGCAGAGUUGUAAUGCAACAGAAGGGUUCUCAGGCACAUGGUUUUGAAUGCAUAGUUGAACAAGUAUGCUUGUCUUAGCACCCAGUGACAUAAGCCAGGGAGCCUGGCAGCUUUUCACUGUUAUUCUUCACACUUUAGGUUCUCUGGAGAUAUUUUGACAUGUCGUUGCUAUGCUCAUAGAGAACAAGCAUUUCAGACAGGGGUCAAGAUUAGUUCAUGAGCUGGAGUGCAUUGCAGAAGGAGCAGAUCACACCAUUUUUGAAGGUUUCUUUUUCACACUGAUCAUUUAAAAUGUUUAAAGGAUUGUAUUGUAUGAAGGUACCAUAUUAGGACUCUUCAAAAUGUGUCAGGCAUUUUGAAAGCAAUAACAGAUUAAAACAGUGCUGGAUAUAGUAUAGGAUUUGAUGGUACAGUUAUUAUAAUACAGUUUGUCUGGGCACAGAGAAAGGCAGCUUUGAAUAUGACUGUUAAAACAAUAUAUACAUAUAUGUAUAUGGAAUGUGUUAAAUUCAGAUUAGAUGCCUCAAACACACCAUUUCAAAAACCAUUUGUCAUAGAUAACUAUUUCUUACAGGACCUGAUUUCUCUCACACUGUUUCCUCUUUUCAUGUUAUUAUUAUUUAACCUAUUUAACUUUGGAAAUCUUAGCUGAACUAGUGGAUCCCAAGGAGCCAUUCUGAUAAGGAGCUCAACUUAAAAUGUAAAAAAUUAAUAGACUAGGCAUGCAUGGUAGACCAGUGCUUAGAGUUCAGGUCUCAUAACCGGAAGAUUAUGGGUUUAAACCCCAGGUGAGAGUGUUGUUAGCUUUGAGCAAGACAAUUUACCCAAAUUGUUCCAGUGGAAUACCUACAUGGAUAAAUGGGUACAAACUUAAGUUGCUUUGAAUAAAAGUGUGAGCCAAAUAAGUUAGUUCUAACAUCGGAUUUGGUGGAUUCAAGAUUCAUGGAUAACAUUCUACUCUUUUUGCUUUUAUUAAACUCUUUACUGACUUUCCACACUAAAUUAUUUCCAGUUAUUUUGUAAUUGCCUGCACAAUUCCCAGUACAUUUUGCCUUAAUUUUUCUAUUUUAGCUGCCAGUUCUGCUCCUAAUUUCACAUUUUCAGACAGGUAGUGUAAAUAUCUGUACAGUCCUGGGUACACAUGGAUUUUAGGCAGGCCAGGAUAAUCCUCUUUCUCUAUGUUGUACAUUUCUGAGGAUAUCUGCAUGGGCCAUAUAGACCUAAUACAGGUACCCUGCUAUGGCAAUUUAUCUCACUGUGGUGUUUCUGCAAUGCCUUCCCAUAUAAUCCUAGAUUGCUUAUAAGGUUCUCAGACCUUCACUUGUAAAGCCCUACUCUCAAGCUGCUAACUUGAGAAUCGACAGACUGCUCCUGUUGUCAUCAAUAGGUGACUGAAAGAUGAUUCAGUAUAUUGCACCUAUGUGCAUAGGCAUUAUUGUAGCUCCUAAAUGAGAUUUUUAUUAAUGCAGAUGUCUGUUGGAAUAGCACAGAAUUUGCAGUUGUAACAGAAGGAAGUUACAGUGCAGGAGUAGAGCAGCUCAUCUAUAAAAAGCAGAAGUUGAAAAAGGAGGGUUUUCAUAAACAGACACUUUUUGUUGUAUAUAUUAAUUAUUCAAUUAAGGAAGGAUUGGUAUUAUUUUCCUGCUAUGUUGAUGUACUUUAGUUUUAGCCUUCCAAAUGUUUUCCUGUCCUGUUCUACCUCAGAUUUGAUUAACAUUUUACCAUGGAACCAUGAUUCAGCUGUUUAUAUUUACAUUAUAAUGCAUGUUUUCACAUUUUUUGUUGUAUGUUACUUUACAUAAUAAAGAACAAUGUUACACUCACACUAAAGCCUACUGUAAUAGGAACCCUUGCGAUUUUUUCAUAAGUAUCGAAGCACUGAUAGCAGAAGAAGUUGCUCAUCACGUGCUAAAGGAAUAUAUAGCAAGUUAUUGACUGAACGGUGGUCUCUGGUACAAUCACUGGUUAAGCCAAACUCCCAGUUCAAAUCAAAGGUGCGCUUGAAGAAAGGAUAUUAAGACAAACAUUUUUAAUUAACAUUAUUUACAGUAAAUGUAAAAGUAGCUUUAUGACAAAUGAUUUUUAAUUAAGAGCAGAAAUCAAUGCUGUACCAUUUUUUUAUCAUGAGAAGGACUUCCAUCUUCUAAGGUUAAUGGAUGACUCUUUUCAAUUGCACACACCUCAAGAAGUUAAAUACCAGGGAAAUGCAAUAUCUAGCAAAUCUUCUGAAUCCUCUUCGUAUAUAUAAAACAUAACCAUCACACUUAAUGGUGACAUUGAGCGCUGAAUAGCAUUACAUUUUAAAAUAUAUAUAUUUUUAAAUACGCUUUUUUUUUCUAGAGUGCCUAGCUUUUGGAAUGUUAGUGUGAGACAUCUGCCAAAUGAAGAAAAAAAAAAGCUUUACAAAUAAAUUGCAAAUGAAGGUUGUUUCAUAAAACAUCUUUUGAAUGAAAGAACUUUACUUUGGUGUAUCAUGCAUCCUCCUACAGAGCUUUUCUGCUACACUACAUUGAAAGACUGUUCUUUAAUUCAAUAUCAAUCCAACUGACAAACUGGCAUAACCUCACAGCGUGGGUGUAGGAAAAAUACUUCCCUAUCAAUGAAAAAGAUCUAUUAUGUGUAGGCUUCUCUAAAAGAUUAAAAUUAAUUUUCCUAAAUGUAAUUAUCUCCUUGAAACUUUUUACUGAGAAGAUGUGAGGAACUAAACAAUUCUGUGACCUGCAAUUUCAGCUUCACUGGUUUUGUCCAACAUAAAAUCCUGGUGGAAGCAAACUUGUGCUAAAGAAAAAAAAAUAAACAUUGAGUUGUUCUCCAAUUAGGUCGGUUUCUGACUAUGGCAGAUAAGAGUGCAUGCUCAUUAAUUUUGAUAAUGAAUUUACAAAGACAGUACAGUUUACCCUUUGAAAUGUUAAUUAACAAAGCAGGCUUUGAUCUUUCCCCACUAUGCCUUUAAUGUGCCUUGACUAUUUUGUUUAAAAAAUAAUUUUGAAGAAGAUGCUCUAAAACAAAAAAAGAAAAUCCUUUGAAAGUGACAUGGUAUAAAAUGUCAUUCUGAAGAGUUUCAGUGUUUCAUGAUGUUUACCGACAUGUUCAAUGUCAUUUUUAUUCUUUUGUCCAGAAUUAUAAGGCUGAUACAUGCUUCUUUACACAAGCCUUCACAAUCCUACCAGGGCUUAUGUUCUUAUACAUCUACUCUAGUGAGAGUACACUAAAUAUUUUUUAGUGAAGAACUUAGUGAUAUUGCUAACAUUCUUUUAUUAUAUUAUUAUAUCACUUAUUCAUGAAGUUUACACUGUAAGCAAGUGUUGUAUAUUUUGUACGCUCAUACAGGUGUAUCAAUGCAAUUACUAAGCAUUUCAUUUCACAGAAUCUAUCUUUGCUCAUUGAUGUCCUUAUGAAAUGGUUUUGGAUUUCUGAUAGAAGUAGAGAAACUAUUUAAUGCAGUUCGUUUUUUUCUGUUCCAUUAUACAUAUAUGUCUAUUAUUUUUGAAGGGUUUGUGUUGUGUUAAAAGUAUUGUGUAUUGGGUUACACCUUUUACCUGCCAGCAAAGCAGGGAGGUUUUGUUGCAAACCUGCAAAAUGUUCUUUCUGGGACAAUAAAAGCAAGUAAACAGUCAGGCAGCUUCAUAGGCUUUCCAGAGAUGAGAGGCCUCAUAGCCCAGUUCCCACUGACCUUAUAGAGACACUAUGAUAGCAUUAUGAUCACACUCUAAUGUCACAUCCACAGUGUGAGACCAAAAACUACAACUAAAACAGCAAGUGAAAAAGAUAAUGUGCUUCUCUUCGAAAGAUUAAUGUGAAAUUGUACAGGAGAGAGGAAAAGAACAAUUUCAGAAGUCUAAAAACAUUGGUCUGAGAAGACAAAUUGCCCAUUUGGCUCUGGUGAGGACAGACCCUAGUGAUGGUUAUAACACAUAAGGACAGUGUAACCUUCAGCGAGAUUAAUUAGGUAAAAAUCAAUCAUUAUGGGAUUUUUAAAGAGAAAAAUCUCUACAGACAAGGUGAUACAUAAAUCCCCCACACGCUGAAUAGUGAAUCCACUAAAACUGAAUCAAAUGAGCGUAAAUAGAACCUGAAGGACAAACCAGACCAACCAGACCAAGGCAACCAUACCUAGACAUGGCAAUGUAGUCCAUCUUGGGAUACAUGCAAAGCAUUUUUUCGAUACAGAUAUUCAUAUAUUUGGUUUUCCUUUUAAUCCAGGCAUUCUCUCUUAGAGUGUGUAUGCAUUCUUUAAGAAAUGAACACCUGUUUAGUUAUUUUUGAGCCUACCCAAGGACAUGGGCAAUUACAAAUCCAACUGCCAGUUGUGACAUUUAGAAAACUGUCAUUGCAAUGUACCUUUGAUGUUUGUAAAUUAAAUUUAUAGAACAAGCAAUUAAAAAAAAUUGUCAAAAUUGUGAAUAAUAAUGACAUAUUGGACAAUCUAUCAGAUGCACAUUUUUAUAUAGUCUUUGUUUUUUUAGGGGGGAGACAGUCCAUUUCACAUAUUAUCUAAUUUAUUCCAACACAAU